AUGCACAUCUCGAAUCUUGUGGUCAGAGAGCUCGGAUUGACGAAUGUCACCGAGUUGGAGCCGUUUGCGACGAUUAAUGGGGUGACUGUGGUGGAGUUGGAUGCAGCCGAGGGUCACUUCCGAGUGCACUUGGUACGAGACUCCCAAUAUAUGAAUGUGAAAUUGGAGGAGGGCAGCAAGCUGGCCGCCUACUACAAUUCUCUCUUCUGGCAUGAGAUAUCCACGGCUGAGAAGAUCUCGGUGCCAAGUGGACACUUUAUAAAUAGAUUCCGUGUCAGUGAUGGGGAUGUUCAGCACUCGGUGUUCAUUACAAGAACCGAUGGGAAAGGAAGUGUUCGAGAGAAAUUGGGAAUGGAGGAGUUGAAACAAGUGGCCACUCAGAUCGCACACUUACACGCUGUCAACUCGCGUGUCGUCAAUGAGCAAUUCGCGAUUAAUGUGGAGGAGAACUAUCGGAAUAUCAAAUCGUUCAGGAAGAAGAUUCAGAAGGAUGUCGUCGAGGUUCUGCAGUUGGCACUAGCCAACGAGGUGUCUCAAUUCUUUAUAAAUCCGGCGGCGAUCCUUCAAAAAGUGGGAAUUCUGACGCAUCAUUUGGAGAAUAUUCAUGAGGAUGAGAGGGAGAUAUGGAAUAGACAUCGUGUGAUUACUCAUGGAAGAUUGUCAGCUGAGACGUGUAAAUUUGAUGAGGAGGGGAACUUGGUGGAGAUCACCGAGUGGGAGAACAUCCAUCUCGGAAACCCGGUGGAGGAUCUGACCAACUUGCUUGUCACGUCAGCAGAUGUGGAGAUUCGAAGAAAGAAAUUUAUGAAAAUCUUUCAAGUCUACUUCUACGCGUUGGUGGACCUUCAACCACCGAAUUAUCAGCUCUUGGAUUUGAAAAAGUGGUUUAAGGAGUACGAAGCGGAGGCGGUGCUCAAUGGAAUCGAGGCACUUCUCCUGACUCUUUCCGAGAACCCGGAUGACAAAAUCAAACGUGCGGCGGCUCACCGAUGGGAGACGUCGCUGGACGACACCGUGGAUUUUCUGACUGGAAAUUAUGUGUCGGAUGAUGAGCACACGUUCUUCGCGCAUAAGGAGGAUGAAUAA